AUGGACGACACGCACCAUCCCGACGGCCCUACGCCCAAAAAGCCGCGUCGCAGCAGCUUCACCUGCAGCACCAAAACCUGCGCCGUGCAGCACUACCCUCAAAACACAAUGAAGCAGUCGCAGAUCCUCACUCCACCGCUCACACCACCGCACUCCCCGCGCUCAUCCACGUCGACACCAGCCCGCAAGCUGCCCCGCAAAGAAGACCGCACUACGUCCAAAGUUCACUUCGGUCUGCACACGUCCAUGCCCGCCAGCAACCUCACCACCGGCCUCACCAGCAACCUCACCACCGGCCUCACCAGCAACCUCACCACCGGCCUCACCAGCAAUCUCACCACCGACCUCACCACCGACCUCACCAGCAAUCUCACCACCGACCUCACCAGCAACCUCACCACCGACCUCACCACCCGCGCCGCAUGCACGUCCGAGCCCAGUCUCUGGCCACUCCGUGGGUCCUGCUUUGAACCCGAGACCAGCGCCGCAACGCCGCCCCGGCUCGCCAGCGCGGAGAACAGGUGGAGUCGUCUUCUCGAGAGGGCGGCGUCUUCGAACCGCGACCGGCACCGCGCGCGUCUGGAGGGCGACGGCUGGGCCUUUGUGGCCGGGCGGUACAGCGACGAGCUGCACGAGCUGAGCGACGAGAGCGCCGAGAGUCUCGACGACGAGUUCGAUGUCGUUGUUCUUGCGCGGGAGAGCCUGGGCUGUUGA